GAAAGUGGGGCGGAGGCUGUCCUCUCCCUGCCUCUUCCUGCCUUCUUGCCUCUCACAGGACAACAACCUUUUAUAUAGAGUAGCGUUUAGGUUUUAGCAGACAGGCUCGUUAGACAGCGUCCAGUGUCAGUGACACAGUGAGAUGCCAAGAAGGUCGCGUUUCACCCACAGAGCGUGUCGUGGCUUUUGCGCUGGUUUUUGAGGAGCAUCACUGUGGUACUUGUGUCCAUCAACGUUAACGUUAGCCGCUUCGGGAGGUGAGAAAAGUCAGUGUCAUGACUGGAGCUGAGACUGAGGAUGAUAUUCCAUUAGGCGAAAGGAAGACUGUCACAGAUUUCUGCUAUCUUCUGGACAAGUCCAAACAACUCUUCAAUGGGCUAAGAGACCUUCCUCAGUAUGGACACAAGCAGUGGCAGUCCUACUUUGGACGGACAUUUGAUGUCUACACUAAGCUGUGGAAAUUCCAGCAGCAGCACAGGCAGGUUCUGGACAGUCGGUAUGGCUUGAAGAGAUGGCAGAUUGGGGAAGUUGCAUCCAAAAUUGGACAGCUUUAUUACCACUACUACCUUCGUACCUCAGAAACAAGUUACCUGAAUGAGGCUUUUUCAUUCUACUCAGCCAUCCGUCAGCGCUCCUAUUACUUUCAGGUCAACAAAGAGGACAGGCCAGAAUUAGUAGUGAAGAAGCUUCGAUAUUAUGCUCGCUACAUUGUCGUCUGUCUACUGCUGAACAAGCUGGAUCUAGUCAAAGUUUUGGUGAAGGAGUUAUCCGAGGAAAUCGAAGAUUACACACAGCGAUUCAACACAGAGGACCAAUUGGAAUGGAACCUGGUUCUGCAGGAAGUGGCAGCUUUUGUAGAGGCAGAUCCAGUGGUGGUUCUGAAUGACAACAGUUCUGUUGUCGUCACCAGCAAUCGGCUGCAGGAGGGAAGUGUGCCUCCACUGGAACAAGGCAUGGUGGUUGGGCAGCUCGUCCUCGCAGAUGCACUAAUCAUCGGCAACUGUAACAACCAGGUGAAAUUCAGUGAAUUAACCAUCGAUAUGUUCCGUAUGCUUCAAGCUUUGGAGAGGGAACCUGUAAACCUGGCCACACAGACCUCGAAACAAGGAACGCUGGAACCCAACGAGAAGCCAGCCAAAAGAGAAAACCCUCACAAGUAUUUGCUGUACAAGCCAACAUUCAGCCAGCUUUUUACUUUCUUGUCUGCCUCUUUUAAGGAAUUGCCUGCCAACAGCGUUCUGCUUGUCUACCUGUCAGCUACUGGGGUCUUCCCUACUGGGAAUUCAGAUUAUGAAGGGCCUUAUGAUUUUGGAGGAGUUCUCACAAAUACAAAUCGAGAUGUGGUGAACGGAGAGACGGUGCAGAAGAGGAAUCAGGCCCAGAAAGAAAUGCACUGCCUUCAUCCAGGGGACUUAUUCCCUUUCACCCGGAAGCCACUUUUUGUCAUUGUGGAUUCUUCUAACAGCACAGCCUACAAGAAUUUCACAAAUCUGUUUGGCCAGCCUCUGGUGUGCCUACUAUCACCUACAGUAUAUCCCAAGAGUGUACAAGAUCAGUCUCAGCGUGGGAGUCUCUUCACUCUGUUCCUUUACAGCCCACUCUUGGCUUUCUCCUCUGUGUGCGGCUUAAACAGCGUGCGACGAGGACUGUGGGAGAGGGCUCAAGAAUUUCUUCGCAAAGUCUACCGUGACAUUGGGCAGAUGAUAACUCGAUCACGGACCAUAGAUCAAGCCUUUUUACAAUUCUUUGGUGACGAGUUCCUCCGGCUGCUGCUGAUCCGCUUUGUGUUCUGCUCAGCUGCACUGAGACUACACAAACUCUUCCGGGAGUCCCGGAGUUUCCCAGAGUCGUACCCUGAGCUCCCCAAACAGGACACGGUGGAGAGCAGCCUUCUACAGAAGCAGAUUUUGGAGCUGGCGACCAUGCUCGACGUGCAGAGCCUAUUUUGGGAGGAUUCACUGGAAGCCUACUAACAUCUUCGCACAGGGCGAAAUGGCAUACAUGUAUAUACAGACUCCACUGCCAGAGCCCUCACCGUUGUCUUUGUUUUAUUUUUCUUUUACAGGUAAUGAAUUAACUGAUUCAGCACACACACAUAUUCAUGUCCUGCAUUUAACUGUUACUUGUGGAUGCAGAUGUAGUGCAACAUUAAAAUGUUUACAUAGAUAAGCCAGAGAAUUUAAUACAGUGUAAAUUCUCCAUUUUGAGUCUCGGCGGCUUGCUUCGUAAAAAUAAGCAUCACAUAAGAGUAAACGGGCGAGAAAGACACUGCAAAUAACUUUUCAACUCACCAUUCCCCAUCCAAACCGCAGCCUCUGACGUUAUUCCUCAUGUCAGAUAAUUGUAAAGAAGUUGGCCGGCUUGAUUUAGUGUUUUUUUUUAUAAAAUGUAUCAUUGUUUCAUUAGCGAAGGUUUGUAAGCCUGAUGAUAGAGAAAAGUCCUGGUGUGACUUUAUUUGUCUGUACCAAGGCAGAGCAGGGCGGUACAGAGCGAGAACACAGUGCUAAACAAAACAUGAGUAAAUAUUAAAAACAACUAUGAUGUUAGCACAUUAUUCACACACUAGGUUAGAAUUUGAAAGAUUUCACCAAAAAUGUUGUUCUUGGUCUAGAUUUUUAUAUUUUCCAAACAGUUGAACUUGUAGCAGGCUGAGGUGCAUGAGGUUCUGUUGCGUGUUGUCGGCCCUCAUUAGUUAAAGACAUCACACCCCUUCAUGUCAUUAAUCAGCAGUCCUUUUAAUACCUUUAAUCAUUCAUUGUUUCAGGCUUAUGCGCUUUGAAAGUUACCUUUAUUCCUUCCUCAUCUCACUGGGCUAUACUUGCAUGCAAAGGCAAAGGAAUGCGUCCAUUUUGUUCUUAUAUCCACAAAGAAUGGCCUCCAUCUUUUAGAGUUAUAAAAUGGUUUGUAGAUUUUAAAAUGGCAUGGGGUAGGGAAGUAAAUUGAGCCAGUGCAUGUGUUGCAUGGGCCUGUAGAUUUAUAGUUGACCCAACAAAUGAAGACAAUCUAGGUUGAAAACGGAGGAGUUGACUUUGUGAAAAGGUAACGUGGUAUGCAUACUAUUGUUUUUUUUCACCAACAACAUUCACCAUUCCAUUUAUUGCUUAACUGACACAUCAGUAACCUUAAUGGUCAUGGCCUCAUGUGACCUGCCUACCUGUACAGCCUCAUUGGAAUAUCAUUGGUUUGCUUCUUUGUAAACUACUUUCCGGACUUGUCUUACUUACCUAUCCCUAGUGAGGUCCAGGUUAUGCUUUCAAAGACCUAGUUUGCAUGACGUUUCAUCCAACCAUGUGAGAAGGCGUUAAGUGUUAUGAACGGCCGCAGUUGGAGGCAAAGUGAAAAGCCAGCCGUCCGUAGCUGUUUGCUUCAACAGAACGGAUGGUCAUACUGUCUGCUUCAAACAGUCAGAGACUUUUUAGGCCAUCAUCUAGUGGUUAAUAGAGGAAAUGCUGCUUAAUGCUUUCCAGCAUCAUCAGUCAUGGUGGUUACUGCCUGCAAGCAAGACCUUGAUUAUAGACCACAGGAAGUAUCAUGUCCAAACUGAUCCUGUUACUGGCCUUAAACCAGGUAGCCUGUUCUUGUGACUGAAGCACAGUUAUGCUAAGGCGCAUCGCAUUCAAUCAUGAUGGCCCAGGACCUUUAUCAUCAUUCAUCUCUCUGUCUCGCCGUUGUUUCUGUCCACUUUCACCCAACACCCAAAAAAUCAAAGAUCUGUCAGAUUACAGUUGAUUUUAUCUUAAUUUUUAGGAUAGCAUGUGCGCUGUCCUAGCUAGCACUUCAGGAGACAUAGUCUAAGUACUUUUUCAGUCACUUCAGAUAUCAUUUCUAUUUCAGUUUUGCCCAGCAGUAGAAAGUAGCAUUUCAUUAGACAUCAGUCUGCCCGACUGGUGCCAGAAUGAAAUCCCCCAUGCAGUCUCAGCUGAUACCAGAAUUAGGAGCCCAGAGACCUAGUCGGUGGAGAAAAGGUGUGCUUGUUGACUUCAGUGGUCAUGGGAACACCAGAAGAAUUUCCACUAUCAACAUACACAAACAAUGGUGUUUAUAUAACAUUUAAACAAUAUAUGAUGUUGUGCAUGGUUCCCAGACUAUGAAUAGUAAUGACCUUACUAUUCUGAUUCUAUUCUGUUCUAAUACUUAUGACCUCCUUUGACCUUUAGUGCCAUUCCUAGGCCAAAUUGUUAGAUUGCACACAAGAUGUCUCAUAAUCUAAUUGGCAGAUUGCCAUUAAGUUUUCACUAGUGUAAAGGAUAAGGUUGUCGUCGUUUUUUUUAUUGGUAUUGUUAUAAGACCAAAGACCAAAAGCGACAGUGUGUUAGUCCAUCUUCCACUGAAGACACUAAUCUUUAAAAACAAUGUAUAGUUUUAUUUUUUUUUUAAAGGCUCCGUAAUUUCCUGUAACAGCCGCUCACUGUAGUUUUUAUCAAACAAGUCUACAUGUGGUGCUCUAGUGAGUAUUUGGGGCAGCAGGACGGUGUAUGUGGGACUGAGUCAGAAUAAUCUACAGUGUGUGUUCAUGGUGAUGAAGGAACAGGUGACCCAGUGCAGCAGUGAGGCUCCCUGAUGGGUGUUAAUAGUUUGACAAUGGAGCUCUAUGGCUCAGAGGAAGAAGAUAUUUCAGGCUGUGAUACACACACACAGGACUUUAAUACACAGUUGGUAGAUAAUUCAGUUUGGAUUGGAACUUUUCACAGGAUUUGUGGAUAAUUUAAAAAUAUAUAAUAUCACCACCCUUAUCAUUGAAAUGGGAAAAGGGUCUUAGAAUAGCUAAAAGCAAAAUAAAAAUUUUUGGACCGUAUUAUGUUUUGAAUAAUGCUCCACAUCUUAACAUUCCCCAACGUAGAAACAAGCUGAAGGCAGGUAUGAAAAGCCCCAGUGUUUACCAGGUGGCCCUGGCAGGGGGAGACACUGCACAGGCUAUUGUAGUGAUGCUGAAAACCGUGAACUGGCUUUGACCAAAAUGUUCAAAUAAACAUUAAUGCAGGAAGUAGCCAAGACGGCUUGUAGGAAUUAAGAUUUUUGAAUUGACACAAAUGAAAACUAUUUUUAGCCGUUAUUAUAUUUAUUGACAUUAUUUGAGUGUGUACAUAUCAUGUAAAAGGAUGUUUUGGCACAGAUGUGUGUGUUCAGUAUUUAGUAAGUCUAUAAAAUGUGUAAUGAAAUAUGAAGUUGAAAUGAAGGAGCGAAAUGUUCACGAGGCCAGUUUGUUCUUUGGCCAUUUUUCUAAAAAUAUUACAUUCCAACUUUCAAGGACUUGAAGAGAGGCAGAGGAACACUACCGCUGUUUUCUCCAUUUUCCAUUUGUCUGGGAAAAUGAGCUGUUUAUACAUUUUCUUUCCAUUUUCAUUGUAAUAUCAACCUCCAUGUUCCGUUGUGUUGACAGUAAUGACGAUUAAGAUAUUGUAGGCUUGCACUUUAUGAAGUGUAAACUUGUUAUGAUCUUGUGUGUUGUGCUUUAGGGGAAAAAAGAGAAAACUUCUGUGUGAUUGUUCUUCAUGCCAGCCCGUCACACCAGUGACCUUCUUUUUUUACAAAGAAUAAACGUGUGAGUCAGUGAUUUCAAACAUUUUCCUACAGGAACUUUUCAUCUGCUCACACUUUUUUAAACAGCUUCCGCCUGAAAUGUGUGAAACAUGUUUCUGAAAAGUGUUGAAAAGGCAGCAAUAACAUGUUUGAAAGAAUUUGAAAUCCUUGUUUUAUAGCCAGUGGUGCUCUAAAACUAUGCUGUCGGUGGGGAUUGCAAUGCCAUUCAUGAUUUUUUUUACUUUGCAAAGGAAUAUUAACAACUAAAAAAAACAAAACAAAACAAAAACUUUGACAUGUAUGGACAUCAAUCAGGAUAGAAGAAGUGAAGAAAUGUAUUUGUUUAAAUUGUCAAAUAUUGCAUGUUGACAAGUUUGUAUGUUCAUGUUUAUAUGUUUAUAACAUGUUAUUGUAUGGUGUGUUCCCUGAACUCAAAACCCAUGAAAACAGAAAAUAUUGUGGCCUAAUGGCACAAAAAGCAUUAUUUAAUGGAAAAUAACCCCAAACAGUGAAGUGACUGAUCAUAAUUAUAACUAUAAAAAGAAACAAAUAAACGAGAUAACGUUAGCUUCUGUUAUGACCGUUUGCUGUAGUGAUGUCGUCUGUGCUUCAUAUUUUAAAAGAGGACCAUGAACACAACCAAUUAUUUCAUUAUGUAGCACCAGUGCGAUCAUUAGCGCAGAUACAAAUUUGAAUUUGCUUGUGCUCCUGCACAGAUUAACCAGGAUUAUGCAUUGUAUGAGUGUGUGUGAAUAUUUAUUUUUAUUUCAUGUUUCCAAUUCCACUUCAGCUACCCAGCAGCAUGUGGGGCAUGGUGUAAUAGCAUACAUUGAUUGUGCAUGAUGAAAACGGCAUUUCCUGCUUCACAUAAUUUGCUGAGUGUCAAGAGUAUUGUUACAGGGCCACCAGAGUCCUGGAAGCUGAUCAACUCUUUUUAGCACAAAUUCUUAGCGAUAAAUCUUGUGUGCACGGGUGGAAACAAUACCACUUAGACAAGAUAUUAAGAAGGUAUUAAUUUGUGCAAACAAGAUACAAACUUUACUUACCAGGUAAUUUCUAUAAACAAGAUAUUUAUUUGUAUAAACAACGUAACUUGUAUAAACAAGGACAUUAAUUUGUGAGAUAGUAAUGAGAUAUCAACACGAUAUUAACUUGUGCAAACAAAAUGUUCUUUUGUGAGAACAAGAUAAUGUGUGCUAAUAACUUGUGCACACAUUCUCUUUUUGAUGGUGUGUUUGAAGCGACUCUCAGAUUGGUGGCUGAUCUACAGCAUCAUACAGAGUACAAACUAUUGUCAUAUGGGAUUAUAAAGCCUUAUGCAAGAUCAACGACCCCAAGAUAAAAUCCCACUCAAGCAGCACAAGGCUUUCCUCUGCCACUGCUGUCAUUGCCUUUUAGUUAUAAUAAAAUAGUUAAACUGUUGAGUGAUAGAAGUUUCAUUCUGAUUAAAAGCCUAAAAAGAUUAAAAUAUACCUAUGUUUGCAUUCCUGGACCCAAAUUAGAGUUAUCUUUUUUUUAUUCUCAUGCUUACCUGUUCAAACUUAGAGAAACAUAGAUGAUGUGAGAACUUUCAAGUUGUUUCCAGCAGUUAGUGAAGUUUCCUAGCAGAAAAUGGCUCAGCCGAGACACAUAAUCAGUAAUGAUCGGAUUGCUGUCACAAUCCUACUGAGUUGUUUCGUGGUUUCUUUUCUAAAGCAAGCUCUAUGCACUUUUGUCCAACAUUGAUAUUGAGAAAGUGCAUAGAAGAAGUAGAGAAACCCACACCGACCUGACAGAGAAGAUCGUCCGCUGGUGAGACCAAAUCAGUGUUCACCCUGCAUAACUAGUACAGUAUUAGAAUCUACCAGAGCACAAGAAAUACUUGUUUUUCACAUGAACGCACAAGCACAAAAGCCACUGCUCCAUAUAAUGGACCCACAUCUAUGGAGAAGCAUGCGGACGUUUCUUUGGAACACAUUGCAAAUAACUGCCGACUGAUCAAUCCUGUUUUCUCCCCCAGAUAUGCAGGGGUCAUUUCUACCUUUUUAUACGUGUGUCCGAAUGUCCAAAAGAUGGGUGCAGCCUUCCUUUAUAGCAACAUGUGUGACUUGCUUGUUGUGAUUUUCAGUCGGUGUCAAACUGUCAAAUGUAUUUUCAAAAUUUCAGUUUAAGAAAAUGCACUGUAAGCAGCAUGUUUGUUUAGAAUAGAACGUGCCAAAGACUGGUGUACUUUCAAUGAUUGAGAUCUGUGACUGUAUCAGAGGGGUUUUUCUGUGUUGCCAGAGGGAGCCAAUAAAGAAAAAGAAAAUGUGGCUUCAUAAAA